UAUGGGGGUGGUGGCCGGCUCUUUAGGUUGCGUAGUUUAACAGCUUUUAUGCGCUUGCUCCUUCCUUUCUAAUAAAAUAAAACUGAUUUGAUUUGAUUUAAUUUUAACAAGUCCGCCCAAACAUACGCAUCCGCCUCACUUCUUUGCUCAUUGCUACCGCUUCUUUUCGGGCCUCUUCGAGUGCAGCUGCUUUUGAUUGAAAUUUUACUGUUUCUUUGACAACAGAAACUUGCGGUGAAUGGUCAGCGCUAGGUUGCACUUCUUGUGCUCUUCGAACUUUUCCGUUUUGUUUGACAUAUAUAUCGGUCACGUGCAAUAAAACCCUCAGUUCUUGCAGCGCCAUAAUCCCCACAGCCUUCUGUCGCCUUUUGUGUUCCCUUUGAGCUACAGUGUGAAAACAGCUUUCACAGAAGGAAAGUACUGGAGCAAUAUAAACUCCCACACAUGAACUUCCCGAUUUCGUUCGCAUGCAAUCAGAUUUUUUUUUUCUUUUAGUUUUUUUUUUCCUCGGGAAUUCGGCUCGUCGUGGUCACCAAGCUUCGUCGCAGGUCGUGCCGUUGGCACCCCAUCGCCACAAGAUCCCGGAACGCCAAGGCAACGCCGAGUCCUCGUUGGUGUUCCAGGCUAACGUAGAACCUCUGGGGGCAACCAUCUACCACGUGAAAAGCGGAAGGGCCGCGGCGGAGAAGCUCAGAAACUUUCUCGAAAUCCACGAGCAGGACAACUACAUAGAGAACGAGAGGUACCGCGUGGAAAUAGAGCCCGGCACGAGCCUGGUAUCCACAGUGGUUCUGCGGCAGCCCCAGACGUCCGUCAAGCUGCGCCAGUCGUUCGGUGCCUACGCGUUCAGCGAGUAUGCGGCGCCCGAUAACGUGCGCCCACCAGGCCACUACGUGUUUAGCGCAUACAGUGAAGCUCGGACGAUGGGGGAUCAGGUCAUCCACCGCGUGGUCAAGGGGCCCGUAGUGCAAGAGAUUCACCAGAUCUUCAACGGCUACAUUUCGCAAGUGAUAUCGCUGCACAAAAACAGUCCGUUCAUCGAGUUCACCUGGACCGUGGGGCCUUUGACAAUGCUCAUGGAUAGCGCGGGCUGGGCUAAGAAAACCGGCUGCGACGUAGUCAGCCAGUUUGAGAGCAACCUCAACAGCUCGGAAUUUUACACGGACAGCAACGGCUGGAAGAACAUGCGCCGCAUAAGGACGCAGCAACCAUACGCGCUGCCGAUUCCUUCCAACUACUAUCCCGUCACAUCGUGGAUAUACAUCAAGGACCGAAUCAAGGGGCUUCAGAUGAUGAUUCUACCGGACCGUCCCCAGGGAGGCAGCAGCCUGCGCUCUGGACAGCUCGAGCUCAUGGUGCAUCGCCGCCACAACACCAACGACGCGCUCGGGGUAAGCGAGAGCUUGCAAGAAAUGGGCGCUGACGGUGCUGGCCUGGUGGCGAAAGGCACCCACCGGCUCUUCUUGGGAUCCAUAGCAGAGGCGGGACCCCUGCUGCGGCCGCAGGCACUUCAGCUGGUCUACAGACCACUUCUUGUCUUCACGCCCGCCGGAUGGAGGCCGAAGAAAGAAAAGUUCAUUGGACUACGGGCGCCGCUUCCAAGUACAGUACACGUGCUGACGCUGGAGAGGCUCUCGGCAAAUCAGGUACUCCUCCGCCUGGAACAUCUCGCCGUCACCAAAGCGUUCGUCAUGCUCAACGUCACGCGGCUGUUGGCGGGCCGCCUACUGAAAGACCUGCAACCAGUCACUCUGGCAGCGAACCAGUUCCUUCCGAACGCCACGCGACAACACUGGCCAACGGCGAGGCUCGGUCUACAGCGACCGCACGUGGAGAGCAUACGAAUGACUUCUCCCGAGGUUAUGAUAGUGCCCAGCACCGGCGACAACGUAGUCAGGCUCAAGCCGCGACAAAUAGUCACGUUUCUGGCUACCGUAGUCGACGAAUGACUUGGCGCGAGUGAAAAAACGCGUAGCAUUAAAUGUAUUGAUGUUAUUCGUGUAUAUUUAUGCCUACCAUCACUCACGAAUAAUGAUAGAGUAGAUUAGAGUGCAUCAUCGCCUUCGAAGGGAGCGGGCUGCGCGCACGAUUGUGCACGCGAAGGUAUGCGCUAAAAUCAAAAACACUUAUGGAAAUAAUUAUAAGUGCUGACAUACAUCUUGGAGCACUUUUGCUCAGAGGCUUCCUGCUAUAUUUAAUAAACAUGUGUAAAUUUUUCUAGUAAACCGACUUGAAAAAAAGACUGUUUGCUAUCGGUGUCAGUAUGUUAUCAAGCAGUGCGUCUGCUUCAUUCAUUGCUUUUAACAAAGUUUUACAACAGACAUUUUUCAGGUAUGCUGGAGAGGAUUUUGUUGACGUUGUGAUGUUUUACGUCCAUGUAGAAAGUUCCCGCAUGGAGUCCGCAUACUGUAGCUUCGCAAAACUCGCAGAAGGAAGAAAAGCUGUUCAUCCGCCCGGUUACAGUACACUUGAUUGUUCUGAUGAUGCAAAAUAAAGUGAAAUUAAAUGUUGAAUUGACAAAAAAAACUGGCGCCUGAUGGGGUUAUUUUAUGUGUGAAGUCCCAUAACUUUGUUACAAAGCCCUGCGGGGCCCAUUGAAAGAAAGUCAAGGUGGUAGGAUGAUGCUUCUUAUAUUUUUCUUCCCAAUUAUAGAGUUCUUACAGAAUUUGUCUUUAGUUCAGUCCGUCAUGUCCCGUUCUCUAAUAAAAAGAACUAAAC